CAUCAACAACUCAUCAAAAAUGAAAAAUAAUAGUAUAUAAAACCGCAAAAUGCCUUCAAAAAAUCAUUCAUUCACUUGUUGCGAGUAUUGAACAACAUACAAUGAAAUUUUUGUGCCUUUUCGCCGGUGCCUUAUUGGCCGCCGCUAUCGUUGAAGCCUACACCCGUGACAUCGAAAACGUUCGCCCAACUGAACAAUGGAACCAACACAACAAUGGUCGUUUGAACUUCAACGACAAGAACUGGUACAACCAAGGACGUAACCAAAAAUACAACGUCGACCACCAAUUCUACGGUGAACACAACAAACAAUACGGUCAAGUAUCCUACGAAAAACACCAACAACAUUCUGGAUUGACCUCUGAUGUAAGCUCCGGAUCAAUUUCUUCUGAAUCCAACUCCCAAGAAGAAUACUUGCAAAUCGCUAGAAACAACCAAAACGACGCUGCCUACAUCGUAGGAAACAUCAGCGCCAAAAAAAUGGUCAGAUUCUACUCCAUCGUCGAAAAAUACAUCAACAGCAACGGUCAAAUCCAAAACCGUUGGUCUAACGAACCCGUCGAAUUACAACAAGUCACCGUACCUUUACCAAACCAUCAAUUCUUGAACAUGAACGAAAACAAAAUCAACGGUCUUCACCAAGGAACCAUCAAGUCCAUAAAACUGAACACUGAAAAUAACUACGUCGAUGUUGACUACCAUUUCGACGACUUGUUGGUUAACGGAAAUCUUAAAACUAACAACGGUCAAAGAGAAAGAUUCCAAGUUAAAAUGUUGAACACCGACGUCACUGUUUCAACUGAAUUGUACAACAAGAACCUCAAGACCGUUGACACCUUCAACGAAAAAUUGGAAAUGAGCAUGGAAAACUCAUCUUUGUUGGAAAGAGAACAAAUCUUGAACGAAAACACUGAAGCCUUGUACUUGCGUUACUGGAAGAGAACCAUAGAAAACCAAAUGGUCGAAAACACAUACAACGGCUUGAUCGGAUGUAUGAGACACGAAGCCCUAAAAGAAAUUUUCUUCCCUAUGGAAUCCACCAAGAACAUGGAAAUCUUCAACAAGAAAUCUGGCCUUAAAGUCACUUUAGCCGAAACCCAAAAUUGGAGAGAUCUCGCCUCUAACAACGCCAACAAAAUAUCAUCUGUAGCCGUUCGCCCAAUCAAAACCGGAAACGGAUUCAGAAUUAAGGCCAAUAUUGUCUUGGCCAAACAACCAUCAUGGGAAAGCGACAUCAAUGUCCAAAAAGGUGAACAACAAACCACCUUCAGAAACGUUCAAUUCCAAGCCAACGAAAUCGUUGCCACAGCUACCAUGGAAGGUAUUAACCAAUUAUUGGGAGGUCGCCAUUUCAACGUUGUUGAUGUCGAUGUCAAAUUUUACGGUCUCAGAUUCGACUUGCCCAACGACCAAACUUUUGCCACUGAACUGGAACAAAACCUUAGACAUAUGAUGGAAAACUACAUGGCUGUUGUCCUUAAAGAACAAUUGAAACAUGAAUACCAAAUCUAUCAACAAGUUCCAGAACAAUACAACCAAUGCGUUAGUUUUAACCAUUAAAGAAUGUCUGUUGUAUUUUGAAAAUAUAAAUAAAUAAUAAUUGUAUUUUAAUA